CCAGAACCUCAACAGCAUCAUGCUGUGGCUGCCGCCGAAAGUUUGCGAGAGGUCGUCGCCGUCCGGCGGGCGUCGUGCCAUUUUGAGCCGCUCGUUAGCAAGGGCGUCACACCUGUGCAUCUCAUCUUUGCCCUUCGUCGCCGCAUAGACGAUGUCGACGAGGCGUCGUCGCAAGUGCACCAGCUCCGCGCGCUUCUCUUGUUCCUGCUGGGCUGCAUCGAGCUUGCGGUUGAUCCUCUCGCGACUCUCGGAUUCAAUCGGGCGGCCUGUCAUAGCCCAUUUCCUGGGAGAAGUCGUGGUUCGAGCUGCCGAUCCAGCUGACCCGCCGCCAUGUGGAUUAGGUGGGGACAGUGCGGCAAUUUUCGCUCAUCGGCGGGCCAAUGGCCGGGGUGGGGCUGGGCCCCAAGGAAGGCAGGGACACGGUGUUGGCGAGGAGGUCUGCGGCCGUGUGUACCACGAUGCGCGCUACAGAGGCCCAGGGGCCAUUUGUGGACGUGUUUGACCCCAAAGACCCGCCAUUCACUUGGGGUGAGUGGCCACUGGGAGGCACCUGCGUGUGUCAUGGAUGGAGGGAUGGGUGUUGCCUUGAUGUGCUUUCUCAGAUUGUGAUGGCCGACGCUGCCGACACUACGCUGCCUUCACGCACUUCGCGAAGCGCGUGUAAGACGAGCCGCACCACAGCACACCAUACGUGGCCCUCGAUUGUCUGUCGUCUGUCAGGUUGUUCACGCCCUGGUUCGACAGACAGGAGCUCAGAUGCGUGCCGGGCCUGGUGUCUGAGCCCUCGGCCACCGACAAGGCCUUCAAGAAGUUCGAGACCA